CACUCUCACACACUCCUCUAACACACUGAAUCUCUCUCUUUUCUCAAGAUGACUGCAGGGCUGUGUGUGUGUGUUGUGUUGCUAGUCCUGUGUACGAGCUGUUUGGGGCUCCCUUACUCCUCUCAGCCCCUGGACGAGGGCCAGCGCUCCAUCGCCCCUGCCCCUGACGCUCUCCUGGGGGCCAACACCAACAUCUUGGCGGAGCCUCACCUUCGACACAGCCGCUCUGCCCCCCAGCUGAAAGCCGCCCCUCUCCCCGAGGAGGAGGCCGAGUCCAGAGCCAACCUGAGCGAGCUGCUGGCCAGACUCAUCUCCUCUAGGAAAGGUUCUGUGCGCAGAAACUCGACAGUGAACGGCAGAGCCAGUGCACUGAGCGCCAACCACCGGAUAAAAGACAGAGAUUACUUGGGGUGGAUGGAUUUCGGCCGCCGCAGCGCAGAGGAAUAUGAGUACUCCUCGUAAGGACGUCACGACUCAUACCCCCUCCGUACGAGCACAUGAGAGAAAAAGAAAAAAGAACAUAAACACGCAAGCUGGCUCCUCGGCGUCUCACAAUAAGAGUCUGUUUAUGAUGUGUUUGUUGUACAUUUGUUUGUAAAACUAUAAUAAUGCAAUAUACAUAUGCCAAAUUUUGCAGAAAAGCUCUCACUGUCUGUGGUUUGUUUGUUAUUUUCUGAUUUUUCUCUAUCAUUUCGAGUGGAAAGGAUUGGGUUGGUGUCAGGGUCUGAUGAGACCAACUUGAUUGAAUAAAGACUGAAAACAUGA